UAUAUAUAAAGAUUCAUCUUUCCUUCCUUCCAAUACACCACAAAUAUUCCAAGAGAGAUAUUCAUUACAGAGAGUAAAAGCCUAGAUUGAAAGAAAGCAAAGAUGUCUGAUCAAUGCGAAGGUAAGGAUUCAUGGCCUGAACUGUUGGGAGUUGAGGGAACAGUUGCAAAGGCAACAAUUGAGAGAGAAAACUCUUUAGUCGAGGCAGUGAUCGUGCUAGAAGGAUCGUUUGUCACCGCAGAUUUCCGGUGUGAUAGGGUUCGUGUUUGGGUCAAUACAGCUGGCAUUGUUACCAGGGUCCCUGUCAUUGGGUAAUUGAUCGAUCAUUGAUAAUAAUGGUUACUAGCUAGUCUCUUACAUACAUGUGAAGAAAAUCAUAUGAAAUAAUACAGAAAUAAUGAGUUGUAUAUAUUUCCAUGCAAUAUUCAUUGUAUUAAACAGAAUGUAGUUUGUUUUUCUUUCAGCGUAUUCUUACUGAAUCUACAUAAAU